AAUGAGUUGAAAGUUUUUGGAACUUACAUGCAACAAAAACCCUGAUAAACCCUUUUUUCUCUACUCCUCAAUGUGCUGCGGCGAGCUUCUAUUCUAAACAAUUUGCUUCAAAAUCCCUCAGAUAGCACGCAAUGGAAUAAAGACUUCAUGUGUGAAUCUCCAAAGUCCCCACGUUAGACAUGUACCUAUCGAGAAGUAAAACCUAAAUUUCGUUGUAGCGACCAAAAAGCAUGCCUUAGGUGCGUGUUCCAUCAGUGUCAAUCUCCGGAGCGCGAACCUAAAUUCUCAUGAACGGGGGCCUCUGGGAUGGAACUAUCCAUUAUCUGGAGAAUAUGCUGUUAUAUCCACAUGCGUGGCACUGGACUACUGGUGCCCCUAAGUCCUAGGUUUCUCGACUUUCGUCUCCCUUUGAAGACUCUGCUCCGUCUUCCCCUCUCUUUGAAUUUCUGGCAAUUUUCUCGCCGCGCUGUCGUAUCCCUAGUCUGUAGAUUUUCAUUGAAGAAUUUUGAGUGCUGAAUUAUGAAGUGUAUCGUAGAGCUUGGGCAAGUAAGUGAGCAGUUGAAUUGUAAGCUCUGCUGGAUGCCCCUGUGUCUCAGAGCUUAGGCUGACACCUUCAAUGUUUCCGUCCUGUGGAUACUGUAGUAUGAUUUAUUUUAGUCAGUUCACUUGGAAAAGGUUUGGGUGUAGAGAAGCCUUCUGAAGUUUAGAGAGGCGGGGGAUUAUAUGCAGUUUCAUGUAGAACAACCCUUCGCUUAAUGAUUUUAGUGGCAGCGGUGGUUGUAAUUUCGAGAUUGCUCUUUUGAAUUACCUACAAAGCUCCUGUUAAGCAGCGAGACGGAUUGUCAUGGGAACUUCUGUAUGUGUGGGAUCUUCAUUCUCGGUUCUGACUUCCAAGCGUAUACAAGAUGCCCAGGGGCAAUGCAGGCUUAAUGGAGCUACAGAGUUGUGUCGUCACCACUCUAGCUCUAAAUUUUCGCUUCUGGUUUUUAGACGAACAGAGUAUAACACAAAAUGUAAAUGCGCAUUGGGUUGUCAAUUGCCGCUAACUAAGCAAGCAUCUACAGGAGCUUUCUUGACUGCGAGGCUGAGGAAGAUUCAUAGAGCGAAAGAAUUUACUUUUAGUAUUUAUUGUGUGGAUAAUUCAGGUUUAGAGCCUGUCGUAGUCGAGAAGGCUUCUGAGGAGGAUGGCAGUGAUACUAAAAUCAGUUCCCUCGAUUCGAGUGCAACGUCACUGGAAUCUGACGUAGUAACCGAAGGAGGCGUAUUAGAAUUGAUGGACACAGACGACACUGUAGUUGAAGAAAGCAGUGACAACGAAGAGAACGACACUAAUGGAAUGCUUAGGCAACCUAAAAAGGAUUUGAUGCAAGACAAUUGGCAACUGUUUGCAUCUGAAGAGGGUGCAAGACCAGCAGCUGGAACUGCAGACAGUGGUAUAGAUUCUCCAUCAACCGACGAUGAAACUGGAUCAGACAGUGAGACGGAGGAGGGGCCUGGCGAAAACUAUGUGAGAAGAAGGAAGGCUGAAGAAGUGUUACCCAUUCCUGACUCGGCUAACAUGGAUUGGACAGAAGCUGAGAAGGAGAAGGUCAACGCUUUACAAAGGUACAAAUACAGAUAUGAGAGUAACAGAGGGCUAUUUGUUGUCGAAGCAAUGCGACCCAAGCAUAUGAACGACACAGAGGAGCUUUUGGUGGACUCCUUUGCAGAGCUUAUGGGAGGUCUUCUGACAUACCGUCCUCUCUUAGCAAUUACUGUCAAACAAUAUGUGCGAGAACGGUAUGCCACUUUGCCUCAUUCAGUGACCCUUGUUGGUCUGUAUGCACCUGCGGAGGGUGUUCCAGUCUCUGGUGAAUCUUCGGAAAUGCAGCAAGGAUAUUGGGUUGUAGCUGGAACAGUUGAGGUCUCAUUUUCAGGAGCGGGACAUCCCGAUGUACCGACCCCAGCACCUCCACCUAAUUCACCAUACAUCUGCAACAUGGCUAUCAAAAAAGAGUACCGGAGAAGGGGACUAGGUCGUGAGAUGCUGAAGGCCGCAGAGAACCUUGCGUUAAGUAUGGGCUAUGAGGACAUGUAUUUGCACGUCAGGUUGAUUGACAUAGCGCCUCUUACGAUGUACAAAGAAGCAGGAUACCAGGUGGUUUCCACUGACAGCCUACUGUCUGUAUUAACUUUUCAGCGGCGUCGUCAUCUCAUGCGCAAACGCUUGUCUAGAACGCAGUUGGUACUAGAGUAGUUGGUGAAUCUUUGUAUUAUGAGUUUUUAAAUGACCCAAUUAAAUGUUCCUCUCCUCCUCUCUAUCCACUUA